CCCAAAAAGAAAUACUAAAAAUAGUUUCUCAAUUCUGGGGGUUCUUAUAUAUAAUCUGUAUUUUCUUUCUGUAGCUUCUGUUGCUAUUUCUCUCUCUCUGUCUCUGCAACAAGAAGGGGGUGAUUUUGGGGGAGCAGAGGAGAGAGAGAAACAGAAGAUAUAUGUCUUUGGCUGUUGCUGAUCUGUUCAGUGGAGCAUCCAAGCACCACUGGCUCUUUUCUCAUUCUUCAUCACUCUCAACCCUCUCUCCAUAUUCUUCCAUGCGUUUAAGAUCAAAAAGGACUUCUUCUGGUGUGGAGUGCUUUGGGGCUUUUCAUAUAAAACCCUUCUUGUUUUCACUAUUGAGUCCUAGGGUUUUGGGUUUUUCUUGGGACUAAGGAUUUUCAAAUUUUUUAGGGUUUAGGGUUGUUCUUAUUAUUGGUGCAUUUGGGGUUUAGGGUUUCUGUUAUAUAUAUAUCAAGAAGAAGAUGCCAGUGGUUCAAAGGAAGUUGCUGAAUCAUAAUAAGAAAAUAGAGGAGAAAACAGGCAAGGACUAUAAGAAACCGAUUAGAAAAGUUCGAAUAAUUUACAGUGAUCCCUAUGCCACCGAUUCUGGAAGCGAUGAUGACGAGUCAAUUUAUGAUAAUAAGAACGGAUUGGUGAGAGUUAAGCGGAUUGUUAGGGAGAUUGUUGUUUCUGAGGAACCAAACAAGUUAAAUGCAGCAAAUUCUCUGCAGCAUUGUAAUGAGAGGAGGAUAGUUGGUAGUAAAUUGGGUGAAAAGCAGAAGAUACGAAGAUCAUCUUCGUUAUACAAAGGGGUUCGGAGAAGGAAAUGGGGAAAAUACGCAGCAGAGAUUCGUGAUCCUAUUAGAGGGAAAAGAAUAUGGCUUGGAACUUACAACACGGCCGAAGAGGCCUCCAAUGCUUAUGAGAAAAAGAAGCUUGAAUUUGAAUCGAUACUUUUGUCAGAGAGGAACAAGAACUUGAAUUCGUGUGUGGCUUCACCUAUAUGCCACCCUUGUGUUUCAGAGGAGACUAAUGGAUUGUAUUCUCAUCCAUCGCCAUCCUCUGUCCUCGAUAUCUCCACAACAUCUAUUGUCAAUGGCUCUGGAAAUUUCAACAAAGAUGAAGGUGGUUCAUUGAAAUUUGUCGAUGCCCCUGCCUAUUCAAUCAAGGAGGAAGAAGCCAAUACAAUACAAAUUGCAAAAGGAGAGCAACCCAUUUCGGCAUUCUUGGAAGAUCAAUUUGUCUCACCCUCAAUUGAUCAAGAUUUUGAUUUGGGUUUUGAGGAGAAUUUGCUACCUACUAAUGAUUUGGAACAAAAACCCAAUUUGGAGAUUUUGCAAGACCCUUCAGUUUCACCCUCGAUGAGUAGAGAGCUUGAUUUGGCAUUUGAGAACAAUUCUCCAUACGAUGAUGAUCAAUCUGUCUCACCCUUAAUUUGUCAAGAUUUCAACUUGGGUUUUGAGGAUUUGGAACAACCACCACCCAUUUCGGAGUUUUUGCAAGAGCCUUCAGUUUCACCCUCGAUCAAUGGAGAUCUCAACUCGGCGUUUGAGAACAAUUCGCUAUAUGGUAAUGAUUUGGGACAGUUUUUCAACAGUCUGGAUAACGUGGACAUGGACAUGGACUUUCCGGUAUGUGAGUUUCAAAAUGGAGAGGGAAAUGAUCUUCCCAACUACGAUUUUGAUCUAGGCAAUGAUGAGCUUGCUUGGAUUGAUGAAGCCUUGAACAUAACUUGCCCAUAAAUUUUGCAGCUAGAAGCUAUUAAUUAUUAGUAUCUCUCUAUAUUAUAUUGUGAGAAAUAAAAUUGUCAAUGAGAGUGGCAAUUGUGCAUGAGUGAGUUUUUUUUAGAGGUUGAAAUGAGAGUUCUUGGGUUUUUCUCUGUGCUUUUAGAGCCAUCCAAGAUUUUUUUGACUCUCUCCAAUAUUUAUUCAUAUUAGAACUGUAUUUUUGUUGAGAUUCUGAAUUUUCAAAGGAAACAAUUCUUUGAAUUCCAAACCCUUUCUUUGUUUAUUUGAUUCUUGAAUAUUUUGAAUA